AGACGAGAGAGGGGGUAGACUGAGGGCGGGCGAUACUACUGAGCAUUACACGGUGGAGGAUACAGACAGACUGGUUGAUUGGGGACCGAGAGAGCCGCUGCCUGACUUUCUCCAGUCGCUCUAAGCUUGGAUCAAGAGGUAAACACUCACACAGACUGAGGAAGGCAACAGAGAUCUGGUAAAGAAGGGGCGGCUACAUGCAGAGUUGUGUUUGUCUGUAGAAGACCAGCGUAUCAGAAGGAACCAUGAAUUUUGUGAUGAAGCAAGCCCUAGGUGGGGCCACUAAAGACAUGGGGAAAAUGUUAGGCGGAGAGGAGGAGAAGGAUCCAGAGACCGCAAAGAAGAAGAAGGAGGAAGAGGAGGAGAGACAGGAGGCUCUGAGACAACAGGAGGAGGAGAGGAAGGAUAAGCACCGGAAAAUGGAGGCAGAAAGAGAAGUAGUACGGCAGUCCAUCAGGGACAAGUAUGGCCUGAAGAAGAAGGAGGAGAAGGAGGCGGAGGAGAAGGCAGCCAUGGAGCAGGCCUGUGAGGGGUCUCUGACGCGCGCCAAGAAGGCCAUCCCAGCCGGGUGCGGAGACGAGGACGACGAGGACGAGGAGAGCAUUCUGGACACCGUCCUCAAGUUCCUCCCUGGACCUCUAAAGGACAUGUUCAAGAAGUAAUGAACACAUCGACAACCACAACACAUGGUUCGGUCCAGCCAGGGGGAGAGGGAGGGGAGAUCUGGGACUGGGGAGAGGGUAGAAGGGGUUCUUGCCAAACGGCCAUUCACUGCCUUUACAGAAGUAUUUGUUGUUUUCUUACUCUGACUAGACACAAUGUGGUUAUAUAUCUACCCACAGCUUUUCGUCGGUCUCUCAACCCGCCGACUAAGUUUAUGUUUUGUUUUUUCUCCACUUAUCUAACAUUCCAACAUUGGUAUAUAGAUCCACCGCACCAGGUAGAUGCAUUUGGAUUGGUUGGCCAUUGGUAUUAACUGGGGUAUGGAGUUUCUGUCCAGCCAUGCAUUAGAGAGCAGGGUUCAAUCCACUGUACUAAUGGACACUUCAAUGGGCAUUCCUGCCGACACUUAUCUGAUGGAGCGCUUUUUUUUUUUUUAUUCACUGGCUUUUUCUAUUUUUAUAGUAAGUAAGCUACUGUAACUGUAUGGGAAGUGGAUAUUCUAUUCUAGGUCUUUUUGAGAACACCAGUUUAGUUAGUUUAGACUGUGCCUUCGUAGGACUUCCUCCAACGGGGGAACUGUUAAAUGAGGGUCUCGUUGAAGUCAUUUGAUGAUAUCAUUGAAACUUUGUAAUAUGCUGUUUGUCUUAAAAGGAUGCAAACAUGCCACAUUAUGACGUAUGUAUUUAUUGUUAGUCUGGCUGUACGAAUAGAGCUGAUCCCAUGCCUUCUUAUUCUAUGAAACACUAAGGCAACUGGAAUAUUUGAUUGCCCUUUAAAUUCCUGACUAAUAUAAAACAUCUCUCAUUUUCCCAGAUUAAAUAUAAGAGAUUAUCAGCCUGACAGACUGCAUUUUGUGAGAGAAACCAUCUUUACUCAACGUUGCAUUAUAAACAAAGGUCACCCCGUCAACGUUAUACACUCAGAUUAUCCACAGAAUACACACGAUUCACAUUCAACAUUAUACACUCAGAUUAUCCAUAGAAUACACACGAUUCACAUUCAACAUUAUACACUCAGUUUAUCCAUAGAAUACACACGAUUCAUAUUCAACAUUAUACACUCAGAUUAUCCAUAGAAUACACACGAUUCACAUUCAACAUUAUACACUCAGAUUAUCCAUAGAAUACACACGAUUCACAUUCAACAUUAUACACUCAGAUUAUCCAUAGAAUACACAAGAUACAUAUUCAACAUUAUACACUCAGAUUAUCCAUAGAAUACACACGAUUCAUAUUCAACAUUAUACACUCAGAUUAUCCAUAGAAUACACACAAUUCACAUUCAACAUUAUACACUCAGUUUAUCCAUAGAAUACACACGAUUCAUAUUCAACAUUAUACACUCAGAUUAUCCAUAGAAUACACACGAUUCACAUUCAACAUUAUACACUCAGUUUAUCCAUAGAAUACACACGAUUCACAUUCAACAUUAUACACUCAGUUUAUCCAUAGAAUACACAAGAUUCACAUUCAACAUUAUACACUCAGAUUAUCCAGAGAAUACACAAGAUUCAUAUUCAACAUUAUACACUCAGAUUAUCCAUAGAAUACAACAGAUUCAUAUUCAGUGUAGAGAAGAAUAAAAACAAGCCCAGUUCUAUGAAAAUGAUUUAGUCAACAUCAUAUUUAACAGUUGGUGAUUAGUGCAGUCCAAAGACAAUCAAACAUGAGGUAGGCAAUACUGCGUAUGUCCUCAUUUCACUACCCACCUCCCAUAACACAUGUCUGUUUUACACAAGGUACUUGUUUAACUCAUUAUUUUGGAGGCUAUUAUGAAAUAGUAAGCAAUGUUAAAUGGAAUUUAAACGUUUUUAUUUAUUUAAUAGUUAAUAAAUUGACCUAAAUAAAUUCCUUGUUAUCCUGAGAGAAAAUCGCAUUAGUAGUGUUUGAAUCAUCAAUAUCCAAAGAUACUGAAAAAACAUGAUCAUUUAUUUCGUCCCCACUAACUACGGAAAUUGUCCGGAACUAAGGAAGUGGUCCGGUCUUGUUGAUUUCAGUAGGAAAUGGCAGGAAAUUCAGUGGCAACAUAUAGUUUUUAUGAAGAUAUUGAUGUCAUUUUGGGAUACACUUUCCAAAGACCAAACCCUGUGAAGUUUAAUUGUCAGAAAUGCUCAUAUUUUUCAUAUAACGUACGUGGCUACAUGACAUUGAAGAUUAAUAUAUUCGAAAAACGAAAAUAAACAUUUAAAUAAUCACAGGUUAUGAGUAAAUUAUUCGUUUUUUUGUUUGUUUUUUGUAGGUGUGAUAGGGUUUUUCACUAGGUAAAGGCAUAUUGUUGAGACUGUAAUGAUCACACACCAAAAACUAUAACAAUUAUAAGUCAAUGUUGAAUUUUUAUUUUUCUGUAAAGAAAAAAAGUGCAGUUCCGUUACACUAUCUACCUAUUUGUCUAAACCCUUCUCACCAACUGUAUCCUAAUGUGUACAAUAUACAAGUGUAUACGCAAAGAAAAGACGAGGAGAAAAUGAUGAAGUCAUUGUAAGGAUGUCUAUGUACUAUACUGUAUGUAUGUUUGUUUAUACUAUAUGUGUGUCUUUCUAUAGUGACGUGAUACCAUGUUGUUGAUUUAUACAGUCCCUGUUUAUAAGUGUCUUUGAAUCGUGUGUGCAAAAUCUCUAACCAGGCUCGAAUGGUUGUGCCAUAUGUCUAAAGAAAUACUUAACACAUUCCUUUCUUAUCGCUAUAGGAACAUAGGGGGGGGGAAAUUCACACCAAAUACUACAACACAAAAGAUGGCCUGUUUAUGUAGUAGUCUCCCGGCAACAGAAUCUGUUUACUAGAUUCAUAAGUUUGGGUUGUUGUAGAUUCUCAGUGUGUCGAUCACAUACAGAAUAAGAGUUUGUUGAUGACAGACUGAAUUGUUAGGGCUCUGGCAAUGCUAUCAGUAGUGCUGCAUGUCUAAUUAGAACAGGUGUCUGUGUUUCUAUCUAUCUCCAUCAUGUAACUCCAUCUCGUACUUUCAUUCAGCUCCCGAUAAAGAAUACUUUUUCGAACACAGCCCAAAAAUGAAUACCUUUUGCUGUAAAACGUAUUCCUAAAACACCUGACCCUAUAACAUCCUACUGCUAUAACAUCCUACUGAUAUAACACAAGGCCUUAUAACAUCCUACUGCUAAAACACCUGUCCCUAUAACAUCCGACUGCUAAAACACCUGGCCCUAUAACAUCCUACUGCUAAAACACCUGGCCCUAUAACAUCCUACUGCUAUAACACCUGGCCCUAUAACAUCCUACUGCUAUAACAUCCUACUGCUAUAACACAAGGCCCUAUAACAUCCUACUGCUAAAACACCUGGCCCUAUAACAUCCUACUGCUAAAACACCUGGCCCUAUAACAUCCUACUGCUAUAACACCUGGCCCUAUAACAUCCUACUGCUAUAACACCUGGCCCUAUAACAUCCUACUGCUAUAACAUCCUACUGCUAUAACACAAGGCCCUAUAACAUCCUACUGCUAAAACACCUGGCCCUAUAACAUCCUACUGCUAAAACACCUGGCCCUAUAACAUCCUACUGCUAUAACACAAGGCCCUAUAACAUCCUACUGCUAAAACACCUGACCCUACAACAUCCUACUGCUAUAACAUCCUACUGCUAAAACACCAGGCCCUACAACAUCCUACUACUAAAACACCUGGCCCUAUAACAUCCUACUGCUAAAACAUCCUACUGCUAAAACACCUGGCCCUAUAACAUCCUACUGCUAAAACAUCCUACUGCUAAAACACCGUACCCUAUAACAUCCUACUGCUAUAACAUCCUACUGCUAAAACACCUGGCCCUAUAACAUCCUACUGCUAUAACACCUGGCCCUAUAACAUCCUACUGCUAAAACACCUGGCCCUAUAACAUCCUACUGCUAUAACACCUGACCCUAUAACAUCCUACUGCUAUAACAUCCUACUGCUAUAACACAAGGCCCUAUAACAUCCUACUGCUAUAACACCUGACCCUAUAACAUCCUACUGCUAUAACACCUGACCCUAUAACAUCCUACUGCUAUAACAUCCUACUGCUAUAACACAAGGCCCUAUAACAUCCUACUGCUAUAACACCUGACCCUAUAACAUCCUACUGCUAUAACACCUGACCCUAUAACAUCCUACUGCUAUAACAUCCUACUGCUAUAACAUCCUACUGCUAUAACACCUGACCCUAUAACAUCCUACUGCUAUAACACCUGACCCUAUAACAUCCUACUGCUAAAACACCAGGCUCUACAACAUCCUACUGCUAUAACACCUGGCCUUAUAACAUCCUACUGCUAAAACACCUGGCCUUAUAACAUCCUACUGCUAUAACACCUGGCCCUAUAACAUCCUACUGCUAUAACACCUGGCCUUAUAACAUCCUACUGCUAUAACAUCCUACUGCUAAAACACCUGACCCUAUAACAUCCUACUGCUAUAACAUCCUACUGCUAAAACACCUGGCCUUAUAACAUCCUACUGCUAUAACAUCCUACUGCUAAAACACCAGGCCCUAUAACAUCCUACUGCUAUAACACCUGGCCUUAUAACAUCCUACUGCUAAAACACCUGGCCCUAUAAUAUCCUACUGCUAUAACACCUGACCCUAUAACAUCCUACUGCUAAAACACCUGGCCCUAUAACAUCCUACUGCUAAAACACCUGGCCCUAUAACAUCCUACUGCUAUAACAUCCUACUGCUAAAACACCUGGCCCUAUAACAUCCUACUGCUAUAACAUCCUACUGCUAAAACACCUGGCCCUAUAACAUCCUACUGCUAAAACACCUGGCCCUAUAACAUCCUACUGCUAUAACAUCCUACUGCUAAAACACCUUACCCUAUAACAUCCUACUGCUAAAACACCUGGCCCUAUAACAUCCUACUGCUAUAACACCUGGUCCUAUAACAUCAUACUGCUAUAACACCUGGCCUUAUAACAUCCUACUGCUAUAACACCUGGCCUUAUAACAUCCUACUGCUAUAACACCUGGCCCUACAACAUCCUACUGCUAUAACACCUGGCCCUACAACAUCCUACUGCUAUAACAUCUCCAAAUGCUAUUAAUUAUGUUUGCUCAACCAGACCUGCCCUCUCACGUGAUGAUACAAUUCAUUUCAUGACAAAAAAACAACGUUUACAGAAGGUGGCUUUUAACCCUACCUUUACUGAGACUUUUAUAAACCAUCAGAAUGAUAUAAUUCAUAUUCAACGACACUUACUGUAUGUUAACCCCAAACUGGGGGAAACAACAGGUAUGCAUUGACUAAUUAACAUGCUGCUUCUAAUGGCGGUGACCUACAGGUUUCUCCUAUAUCCUGAACUACAUAACACACGUCACAGAGAUAGUGUGCCACUGCCAAGUAAAGUCCAGACAGGAUAUGUUGCCAUGCGGAUUUUCUCUCCUUAUUACAGACCAUUUGAACAACAUGUUGUAAAGGUUUUUUGUUGUCUUCAUCCCAAUACCUGUAGUUCAGAUAACAUAUAUGUUUCCUCCACAUAUUCUGCCCGGGGACGUACUAUAUGCAGUAAAUCAAACAUCAUGUGUAUAUUGAUGAUAGCAUCUAUUCCAAGCAGCAUCCAGCUCAUACUUCUGCCCCAGUUGUAAACAUACUCUUGUAAUUACGGCAAUGUAUGGAACAUGUCUGAGUGGUUCCAAUAUGGCUUUACAAUUAUAAUGCAUAUUUCUCUAUGUCUUGCUGCUGCAUAUUAGUGAAUAUGAUGGUUGGGUGAUUGUCCCUGGCUGGGAUAGGGGCAUAAAUCCGUGUCCAAACUUCAACUAGGAUACUCACACUUUCCUCCUGUAAUUGUUUAGAGUAGGGUUUGUCAAACAGGAAAAAUAGCCAUAUUUCAUCUGUCUAUUAUCCUCUCUCUCCCCUUUCUCUCUCUCUUCCUCUCUCUCCUCUCUCUCUUUUCCUCUCUCUACCCCCCCCCCUCUCUCCCCUUUCUCUCUCUCUUCCUCUCUCUUUCCCUCUCUCUCUCCCCUUUCUCUCUCUCUCCCCUUUCUCUCUCUCUGUAUUUUCCUCUCUCUAUCCCCCCGCUCUCUCUCUCCCCUCUCUUUCUCUCUCCCCUUUCUCUCUCUCUUCCUCUCUCUCUCUUCCUCUCUCCUCUCUCUCUCUCUCCCCUUUCUCUCUCUCUCUUCCUCUCUCUCUCUCUUCCUCUCUCCUCUAUCUCUCUCUGGCAUAUUCUCAAGGCACCACAGCAUGAUGUGAACUGCCUUUUUUGCAAAGGGCUAUUAUCAUUUAAUUUUCACAUAGAUGAGUACAUCUGUCACAAACAAUGCUUGUUCUGGUAAUGUUUACUAGGUAUUUCAUUAUUUUGGUUGCAUGAAAUGGUGUGGAAAUAAUAUUUAUUAUUGUCCUUCUGACCUAUAAUAUUAGCAAGGCCAGGAACACAAGACUCAUUAAGCUCUCAGAUGGAGUGAUUUAAUAAUAUAGAUAUGUGUCCUCUGGUAUUACACAAGAACAUUCCUAUUUUUGAAAUGGAACUGAGCCCAGCCCUGGUGAAAUGUUCGAUUGCAUUAAUUUAAUUUGAAAGGUGGAAAAACAGAAGAAUUAUAACUUUUCUCCUGUAAAUUACUUUCAACUUGACAGUAGUUUUGGGAUUAUGGUUCAGGAUUACUCCCUCAGAAUUGAAGGAAAAUAAAAACAAUAUCAGGUCUGAGGUAACAAAGGUCUGAUAUUGAAAGACUGGAUUAUUUAGUCAAUUUUAAAUAAAUGGGAUGCCUAUAUUCAAAAACAUUCCAAACCUUAACUGUCAUGGGUGCACUUUGUCCAAAGACAGGAUGAGUGUUUUACUUGACAUCAUGUUUAUGUCAAAACGAUGAACGAUGGGUAUGGUGAUAUUUAAAAUAAAUAAAUGACGUGAUCAUUAUAUAAAACUAUAAUAAAAUGUAUAAUUAGUGUCAGAGAGAUACAUAAUUGUUUGAAAGAUAGAUUUUUUUUUUUUAAAUGGAUAGAUCAUUUUUGGAGAGAUGUUCGUGCAAUCAUAUGGGGAGAUUUCGAAUGUGGUCAGGGUUUAAGAUCGGAUCACACAUCCUGUUUCAGAAUAAACCUUUAAAAUAGUGCACUCCUAUCCACUUUAUUGUCUGUCAAACGGUAGACGUUAUUGAGAUUGAUGUGUGACUUUUAUUUGAAUGACUGGACUGUUGUUACAUCUCUUUGAUGUUGCCUAACACCUGUCAGCUGUUUUUCUAAGCGUAUAAGUAGCCACACUGUUGUCCUGCCGAACAUGGGUGUGAAACAAAGCACAGAAAGAAUCCCACCAUGCAUGCAGUCCAGUCUUGAGAAAAUGGCCACUGCCUGUUAGCGCUAUGGUACCCUAUAACUGGUCAAAAGUAGGGCACUACACUCUUAGUAAAAAGGGUUCCAAAAGGGUUCUUCGGCUGUCCACAUAAAAUAAACCUUUUUAGUUCCAGGUAGAACCCUUUAGGGUUCCAAGUAGAACCCUCUGUGAAAAGGGUUCGAAAUGGAACCCAAACUAAUUGUAUCUGCAACCAAAAGGGUUCUACCUUGAACUAAAUAGGGUUAUUCAAAGGGUUAUCCUAUGGGGACAGACGUAAAACCCUUUUUAGGUUCUAGAUAAAAAACAUUUUUUUUUCUAAGUGAUUCUAGGGUUCCAUUUCAGCCAUGUAUUCCGUUGUAUUACGAUCUGCCUGACUGAGGAUGUACAACUAACGCUAAUGUGAAAGGCUAACCAAACGCUAAACCUUAAAUACAUUCCAAUGUUUUGAUAUUUACACUAAAAUAUCUUCUACCUUUCCCUGUGGAGAGAGAAAAUGUUCUGGGAUCAGUCAUUGUGUCAACCUGUCUUUAAGAACAUUCUCUAUGUGGCUCACCGUUGUGGUACUGUUUCAAUGUGACUGGCAUUGAUGUUCUAAAAAGGGAAAUAAAAAUUAUGAUCAUUUUUGUCCGUUUGAGGAUUUUCUUUUCUUCUCAAUAAUACAUUCAGGAUGAGAAUGUAAAACGGUAUAGUUUUAUGUAAAAAAUGUAUAAUGUCCUUAUCUGCAUGUCAUAUACUCUUAUGUGGAACCAAAUCACUCAUCAAUGAAACAUCAUAUUUUGGGGAAAUUAAAAUGCAUAACAAAUAAAAGUGUUUCUAAAAAAAUCUUA